CUGUUCCUGGCGAUGUAUGUGACCGUCGCUUUGGGGAUCGUCUUCUCCUCUCUCUUCAUCCUCUCCGCUCUCUACAACAAUCCUAAUAACAUCUCAUGGUUUCGUUCUUCUUCAUCCUCGUCUCCUCCUUUACAGCAUUUAGAUGCUACUAGUUUGGGAAACACGAGUUAUGUAUAUGUAAAUAAUAAUCCUACUUCAGAGCAAGACACCAAGUCUGCAGGUGGUGUAUGGACUGUCCCUGCUGGUAAUAAAAUGCCCGAUUUGAAGGAGUUUAGAUUGACCAAGGAGAUGGUAGAGAAAAGAACAAAAGAUAAUGUCAUAAUUGUGACAUUUGGGAAUUAUGCGUUCAUGGACUUUAUACUCAACUGGGUCAGACACUUGACUGAUCUUAAUGUCUUCAACCUUCUUGUAGGUGCAAUGGACACUAAAUUGUUGGAGGCUUUAUAUUGGAAAGGUGUUCCGGUUUUUGACAUGGGGAGUCAUAUGAAUACUAUUGAUGUUGGAUGGGGGUCACCCACGUUUCAUAAAAUGGGAAGAGAGAAAGUUUUCCUUAUAAAUUCCAUGCUUCCGUUUGGAGUCGAGUUGCUAAUGUGCGACACUGAUAUGGUUUGGUUAAAGAAUCCACUUCCAUAUCUUGCUCGUUUUCCUGAAGCAGAUGUCUUAACAUCAAGUGAUCAAGUUAUACCGACAGUCACUGAUGACCGUCUAGAAGUAUGGCAGCAAGUAACUGGUGCCUACAAUAUUGGAAUUUUCCAUUGGCGUCCUACUGAUGCAUCAAAAAAGCUGGCAAAAGAGUGGAAAGAUCUACUUUUAGCUGAUGAAACAAUUUGGGACCAGAAUGGCUUUAAUGAACUUGCACACAGAGCUUUGGGGCCGUCUGUGGAGGGAGAAAAUGGACUCUUUUAUGCGUUUGAUGGAAAACUCAAAUUGGGAAUCCUGCCAGCAAGUAUUUUCUGCAGUGGCCACACUUACUUUGUCCAGGCCAUGCAUCAGCAGUUCAGGCUGCAGCCAUAUGCAGUUCAUACUACUUUCCAGUAUUCUGGUACUCCUGGAAAACGACACAGGCUGCGUGAAGCCAUGCUUUUCCAUGACCCACCAGAAUACUAUGAUUCAUCAGGUGGUUUCUUGUCUUUUAAACCAAGUAUUCCAAAGAGCUUGUUGCUAGAUGGUCCACAUACUGUUGAAUCUCAUUUCUUAUUAGUAAAUUACCAAUUGAAGCAAAUAAGGACUGCGCUUGCGGUAGCAUCAUUGUUGAACCGGACACUGGUAAUGCCUCCGUUAUGGUGCAGGUUUGACAGGAUGUGGUUUGGACAUCCUGGAAUUAUGGAAGGAACAAUAACCAGACAACCUUUUCUCUGUCCUAUGGACCAUGUGUUUGAGGUGAAUGUUAUGCUGCAAGAACUUCCUGAGGUAGAAUUUGGAGCUCAAAUUGAUUUCAGAGAGUAUUCCUUCCUUCAGAACCCAAGGGUAUCUAAGCAGGUUAAGGACUCAUUUCUGGAAGUUCAGCUUUGUGACAAGCAGUCAACAAAGUGCCAUGUAGCAAAUGAAACAAUUGGAAAAGGAGCUCUAAGAUUUCCUAAGCAUAGCACUGAAGAAAUGUUCAUGGAAGUAUUCUCUUCAUACAAGGAUGUCAAGGUCAUUGAGUUCUCAUCCAUGCAAGAUGCCUUCCAAGGAUUUAUAGACAAGGAAAGAGAAACCAAGUUUCGGAAUCGUGUGAAGCGAUAUGUGGGAAUAUGGUGUUGUGUGGAAACUCAUGACCCCGGUCACAUAUACUAUGACAUGUAUUGGGAUGAAAAACCUGGAUGGAAACCGGAGCCCCCAAAAACCAGGGAGGAUGAUCAUCCACCUUGGUAGAAAGAUCUACUAUGUUUUGGACAGAAAUUUAUACAAUGUCAGAUUCCUAACCUCCAGUUUUUGGAUGUCAUAUAUAUUUGAGAUGUACCAUUGAUGAUAGUUUUCGAGGAAAAGGAUGACUUAAGAAUCUUUCUUUUGUUGUAAUAUGUACAAAUAUACAGAUUUCGACACAGUACUGACCUACAAAUGAUUGAACAUUAUACCUUGCCGGCUCACCCUGUUCUGCUGGGUUGCCUUUCCAUUUCUUCAGAACUAUAAUAUGGUUUUGAAGGAUAUGUUAAGGACUUGCUAAUUUAUUUUAAAUUUUUCUGGAGAA